GUGGGCCAACAGGCAAACAGGCUCCACCCGCCAGCUGUCUCCCUUAUUUUAGGAACCGGCUUUUCCGGCAGCUCCUCUUGGUUUGAAAAGCCAGGUUGUGACAUUCGUUUAUUACACCCUCUCGCCUCCCAGAAUCGUCGCCUGUCUCUGCGGCCGUACGAGCCACUUUGCAGUUGGCUUGUGGCGUGGUGGAAGCUGCCGGAGAGGUGCUCGCGAAGGGCAGGUGUUUGCGUGGCUCGUCGUUGGCGCUCGGUUGGAGGAUGCACAGAAAAGGGUUGAGUCACGCCGGUGGUGGGAAGGCAGCGCUCCAGAUCCCGCGCCGCAAGAGAGCGACUCCAGGUAGAGGUGGAUCUCAGAGCUCAGAUUCGGAUUCAUCUGCCACACCAGGAAAUGCUGUGGAUGUGAACAAUGAAGGCUCCUCUGAGGGCUUUAUUUGUCCACUCUGUAUGAAGUCUCAUGGAUCAGCUGAAGAGCUGUUCAAGCACUAUGAAGCAGUUCAUAAUUCUGGCAUUGAUUCAACUCAUGGAGGGGAAGGUCAUCUGUCACCAGAAAGAGAUGAAGUAUCACUGCUCCGACAAGAAGUCCAAGACUUGCAAGCUUCACUGAAGGAGGAGAGGUGGUAUUCAGAAGAGCUGAAGAAAGAAUUAGAGAAAUUGCAGGGGCAGCGUCAGCAAGAUUCUAAGUCUGAUGGAUUGACAACAGCUACAUCUACAGAAUCAUUAGAACGGCAACUAGAAGAGAUCCAAGUAGAAAAUUUUAACAUUAAGCAAAUGAAAGACUUAUUUGAGCAAAAAGCUGCACAACUGGCCACUGAAAUUGUGGAUCUUAAAUCAAAGUAUGAUGAAGAAAUCAGCCUUCGGGAAGGUGCAGAACAGAAAUUGACAAACCUGAAACAAGAACUGCAGAAGGAGAGAAGUACAGUGGAAGACUUAAAGACAGAGCUGCUACAAAGACCUGGUGUGGAAGAUGUGGCGGUCCUGAAAAGGGAGCUGGUCCAAGUUCAGACACUGAUGGACAAAAUGACACUGGAACGUGAGAGAGAAUCUGAGAAGCUGAAAGAUGAGUGCAAGCACUUGCAGGCAGAGCAGACUAACUCAGAGGCUAUCAUUAACCAGUUAAGAGCUGAACUUGCCAAAGGACCUCAGGAGGUAGCUGUGUAUCUUCAGGAGCUGCAAAAACUUCAAACUUCAGUCAAAGAGCUAGAACAGAAAAACCAGAGUCUGACUGAGAAGCUGCUGAAGAAAGAACAGGACUACACCCAGCUAGAAGAAAAACACAAUGAAAUAUCAGUGAGUAAGAAGAACGUGCAAGCAAGCUUUCACCAGAAGGAUCUGGACUGCCAACAGCUUCAGGCAAAGCUGUCUGCGUCUGAAGCCUCGAUACAGAGAUUACAGACAGAACUAGGUGAGAAGGGGGAAGCAAGCCAGAAACUUAAAGAAGAGUUGUCUGAAGUAGAGACAAAGUACCAGCAUCUCAAGGCGGAAUGUAAACAGCUCCAGCAGCAGAGGGAGGAAAAAGAACAGCAUGGCCUGCAACUCCAAAGUGAGCUCAGUCAGUUGCACAGUAAACUUCUAGAAACAGAGCGUCAGCUGGGGGAAGCGCACGGGCGGCUCAAGGAGCAGAGGCAGCUCUCCAGUGAGAAGCUAAUGGACAAAGAGCAGCAGGUGGCUGAUCUGCAGUUAAAACUUUCUCGUGCUGAAGAGCAGCUAAAGGAAAAGGCAACAAAUUCUACAGAAUUGCAGCAUCAAUUAGACAAGGCAAAACAACAACACCAAGAGCAGCAGACACUUCAGCAAAACACUACAGCAAAACUACGGGAAGCUCAGAAUGAUUUGGAACAAGUACUACGACAAAUUGGAGACAAGGACCAAAAAAUUCAAAACCUUGAGGCUUUGCUUCAAAAAAGCAAGGAAAACAUCUCUCUGCUAGAAAAGGAACGAGAGGACUUGUACGCAAAAAUUCAGGCUGGUGAAGGAGAAACUGCAGUUCUUAACCAGCUACAAGAGAAAAACCAUGCGUUGCAAAUACAGGUUACUCAGCUGACAGAGAAGCUGAAGAAUCAAUCAGAAAGUCAUAAACAAGCCCAAGAGAAUUUGCAUGAACAAGUGCAGGAGCAAAAGGCACAUUUAAGAGCUGCUCAAGAUCGUGUGCUGUCCCUGGAAACAAACAUUGCUGAAGUAACCAGCCAACUAAAUGAAAGUAAAGAGAAAGUAUCACAGCUUGAUGUACAGAUAAAAGCAAAGACUGAAUUGCUACUUUCAGCAGAAGCAUCGAAAGCUGCUCAAAGAGCAGAUCUUCAGAAUCAUCUGGACACUGCCCAGCAUGCACUACAAGAUAAGCAACAGGAGUUAAAUAAGAUCAGCGUUCAGUUGGAUCAGGUUACAGCUAAGCUGAAUGACAAGCAGGAGUACUGUGCUCAGCUGGAAGCCAAUCUUAAAGAGUACAAAGAGAAACAUCUUCAUUUAGAGCAGAAAACUGAAGAGGUGGAGGGACAGCUUAAGAAACUUGAAGGUGACGUUCUUGAUGCUAAAGCAAGCAAAGAACAAGCUCUUCAGGAGUUACAGCAGCAGCGGCAGCAAUCUACAGAAUUAGACCUCCGAACAGCAGAACUGAGUAAACAACUUGAGGCAGCAAGAGAGGCAGUGUCUAAUGCUAAACUGGAUUUGCAAAAGAAAUCUGAGGCCCUUGAACAAGCAAAACAGCAAAUUUCAAAGCAGGAGGAGGAAAAGGCCAGCCUCAAACAAAACCUUGAGAAAUCAACUCAAGAUACAAGUAAACAACUCAAGGAAUUAGACUGUAAAAUGCAAGCAGCAACAUUAGAGCUGCAACAAGUGAAAUUAGAGAAGGAUACUCUAUUAAAGGACCUUACAGCUGCCAAAGACAAGCUCUCGAAAAGUUCUGAGUCCUUCAAAAAAAAAAAUGAGGAAUUAGAAAAAGAAAUACAAAAAGGAAAAGCAACUAUGGCAGAAAUGGAAAAAUCUUGCCAAGAGGUAAAACACCAGCUCCAGGUACAAACGGAGUCUGUAGCCAAAGAGAGGAAUGAAUUGAAAAACUCACUGGAAAAAAAGGAGGGGAUUUCUAAGCAGUUGACGAUAGAACUUGAUUCAGCACGAGCACAAGUACUGGAAAUUCAGGGUCUUCUGAAGGAAAAAGAAAAAAGUGAGCAACAUCUCCAGGGAAAGCUGAGAGAGUUAAAAGAAUCUUUUGAGCAGAAGAAAAAACACAGUGAGACACUGCAAGCUGAAUUAAAAACUGCCCUUUUAGAAAAGGCAGAGCUGGAGAAUAAGCUGCAACAGCAGUCUAUUUUGUCAGCACAGGAGCUUAAAGCUGAGAAAGCCAAGCUAGCAGACAUACAGAAGUCCUAUGAAAAGCAUAAGGAAAACAUGGAGAAGCUGCAACUGGACCUUUAUGGGAAAGAGUCUGAGCUGCUGGCAACAAGACAAGACCUUAAGUCCACAGAAGAAAAACUUGCUCUAGCUCAAGAAGAAUUAGUUUCCAGCAGAAAUCGAAUUGCUAGCAGUAAUCAGCAGAUUCAGGAACUGAAGAAAGCAAAGUCUACAUUGGAGCAGGAUGCCUCAAAGAAGGAGCAGCAGCUGGGUGAGAAGACCAAAAUGUUACAGGAUCUUCAAAAUGACAGGAUUUUGAAGGAAAAGGACUUGGCUAAUGAAAAAUGUAAAACAACAGAGCUUCAGGAAAUAAAGAGUAGACUUGAAAAAGAAAGUACCAAGCUGAGUGAAGAGCUUAGAGCCUGCAAACAAGAAUUUGAAAAGGAGGUGGCAAAUCUCAAGGAUGCAAAACAGCUAUUGAUUGAACAGAAAUUAGAGCUGCAGGGCAAAAUAGAUAAUAUGAAUUCAGCUCUGGAACAGGAGAAGAAAACUCAUCAAGCUGUCAAAGAUCAGCUGAAAAAGAGAGAAGAGGAGCUGAAGAAAGAAUGUGCUGAAAUUGAAGCUAAACUGCACACAGAGAAAAAAGAGAAAGACGAAGAAAACCGGAAACAUGAGGAAAAGGAGACCAAGCUCACAAUGCAGGUCACAGCUCUGAAUGAAAACCUGGCUACCAUGAAGAAAGAGUGGCAAAGCAGUCAGAGGCGAGUGAGCGAGCUGGAGAAACAGACAGAUGAUUUACGUGGGGACAUUGCUGUCUUGGAAGCAACGGUGCAGAAUAAUCAGGAUGAGAGAAGAGCAUUGCUGGAGAGGUGUAUAAAAAGUGAGGGAGAAAUUGAAAAGCUUCAAGCCAAACUUGUUGAAAUGAAGAAAAAGCUAGACAACACUACUGCUGCUAUGCAGGAACUUGGCCGAGAAAACCAGUCAUUACAGAUCAAACACACCCAAGCUCUCAAUAGGAAAUGGGCAGAAGACAAUGAGGUACAGAACUGUAUGGCCUGUGGAAAAGGCUUUUCGGUGACAGUGAGAAGGCAUCACUGUAGACAGUGUGGAAAUAUCUUCUGUGCCGAGUGCUCAGCAAAGAAUGCCUUAACUCCCUCUUCUAAGAAGCCUGUCCGAGUCUGUGAUACUUGCUUUAAUGACUUGCAAGGAUAACUGGCUGUUGUGAGUGACAAAACCAUGUUACACUAAAAUUUAUCAUUUCUGUGGAUGCACUUCAUUCAGCACUCAGACUACUAUUCAGUUUGGACAAUGAUUGUAACACUUGGCAAAAUUUAGUAUAUUUUAAAAUGUUUAUUGAUACCAAGUAAAACUAUUGUAUUUUUUUGUGAGACAUGGGCUCAGAUCAUCCAUAGCUUAUUGCCAUUUAUCCUGGAAAGAGCUUCUAUGUCUAGAUUAGAAAUACCCAGUUAUUUGUAAAUAAAGUUUAAACAAAGGAGUAACAAUGUAUUUUUUUAUCUUUUAUUUUUUUGUUCAAGAGAAACGGCGUUUAUGUGAGAUUGCAGUUUAUUCUUGUUUCCUUCAAAGAAAAAUGAAGAUGCAAAAACUUGUGAGGAUUUUAUGUAUCAAAUGUUGCUGUAAAAGCAUAACUAAUUGUGGCAUUUAAUUGCAUAACUGAUGUUCUUUAUAACCCUUUGUGAUUUUGUUUUCUUUCUGUCUCUCUGAUUCUUGGACUUUUUUCCCUCUAAAGUUCAAACUCCACAGGGAGGGUAAUGGCUGGACUCAGCUCCAACUUGAUUUUAUUUGCCUACUUAGAACCUAUAGUAUCAGCACCUGAGUCCUUACUCAGCUACAGGGCUUGGAUACUGGAACAUCUUUACACAUUCUGUAUUGCAUAGUUUGUGUGUGUGUGUGUGUGAACAAAUGAUGAGACCACCUUUAAAUGGCAUUGUAGGAAUACUCCACAAUACGUUACAGUAUUUUAUCCUGUUUUGAUUGAUUUCACUUUUACAUAUUUAGUGAUUUUAAUAUUCCAGAAACUCUUAUAUAUGGGUUUUAAAAAGCAAACAAACAAUACUGCUAGUAGCCUGUAGCACACGUCUCCCUGUGUCCGUAGCCUGGAAGCCCUGAGAGGUCCUUGAGAUUCUAAGGGGACAUCCAGACCUUCCAUGCUAGAUAUCUUACCAAGAAAAAGUCUUUUUUGAGACUGCUGCAGUUUAUCUGACCUUUUCUUCUGUCCCUCCCCUCAGCUUUUGGUGGAAGAAGCUGAACUCUUGCUACACCUAACAAACCUCAGUUUUCCAUUGCUCCAUCUGAUCCCCGUUACUGGGAGGUCUUAAAAGUUAGUUAGUUACAUGAUUUAGUGUGCUUAAUGUGGUGGUGUGAAUCUCCUACUACUGGCUUAGUUGUAAGCCGAACAGCUCUAAAUAAGAGGCCAAUAUAUAUGUCUUCAUAUUUUCUUUUCUGUACUUGCAGCAGAGGUUUCUUGUAGAGUUCAUGUAGGCUCCAAACUCUUUUUGUUCUGAUUUUGUUUAUGACUGUUGGUUCUUGCCUACCUAUCUGUAACUUUUCUUCCCUUUGUAUCAUGCAUUUCAAAAUUGCAAAGUUUCUUUCUUAUCGUUUGGGCUGAUGCCUUAUUUAAGGACUCUUUCUCUUAAAUACCAUAAUAAAUUCCCCACACCCCAAAACUUCCGUGUCUUAUGAAAUUUUGCCUCAGAGAGAAGGACGGUGUCCUGAAUGCCUCUCUUUCUUGCCUGAGGUAAGGAAUUGAAUUCUGUCACAAUGAUGGAAGCUUAGCCAUCUUUAGGCAGACUUGUGUGCUUUUAUCUAUUGACAGUAUGAAUGAAGAAGAAUAUCCUCUAUGAAAAAUGUCUAGUCCUGAUUAACUCUCAAAUGAAAAAGCUUCUUAAUCUCUCAUAUCUGGAAGUAGUUAUCUAUAUGUUUCAUAUCCCUUCUUACUUUACCUGCCUGAUUCUGAAUUUGCAGCCUCAAGGAGUCUUCCUGAAUUAAUUUUCUUGAAAUGAAAUUCUUGUUUCCCAAAAGCCAGAUGGAUUAUGUAACUGAUCCUCCUUGCUGUAAAGGGGUUUGUGAUAUGACUGUGGUGCAUGUGAAAUUACUGACCUUCUUUUCUGGUUCAAAUUUGAGAGCGGCUUGCUCAGAAGAAACAGUUGCUGCAAUUUUUCCAUAUGAACAGAGCCUCUGGAUUCACAGUUUCUCCUCAUCAGUGUAACUGUUUGGCUUAAGAAUGCUUUGAAUAGAAAAUAGGAACAGAAUCUCUGCCUCUGGGAGUUUAUUUUCUACUUAUGUAUUUAUUGAGAGAAUCCAAAGACUUUAUGUUGGAGCCUUUCCUAUGUCUGACGUGUGACUUCAGGGAUGUGGGAAAAAUAAAGACAUGACAGUCGUGCUUCAGCCUCGAUGCCUCAGCUCUGCCCUGCUGGGUAACACACAGAGCCUCGUGCUGCUCUGCGGGUGAACGAUGUCUGUGGGGAGCAGAAGGGAUUCCGGGAGACACGAGAGAAGCUUCCUGUGACUGCACAAAGACAAAAUGCAUGAGGCAAAGGAAGGUGGAACCCUUUCAAGGGGAGCUAGGAAAAAGGUUAAAAGACUUGCUUGUGCUCAAGUGUUUUGCUUUUGACUGGGAACACGUGAAAGCUGAGGAGAAAGCUUUGUAGUGAAGAGGAAGUAGUAGAAGCUCUGGUAGGGUUGUUUUAAUUCAGCCAUUUUCUGUACCUUUGUGUGAAGACCAGUGGAGUCACCUCAUUCAGCUGGCUGCUGAAGCAAUAUGACCUCAGAUCAGACCUUGGCCUGGAGCUCCUCAACUUUGAGGGCAAAACCAGCUUGAUUUCUGAAGGCUGCUUUUGCUGACCCUUUUGACCAGCUUUUAAAGGGGAUAGAAAGGUGUUUCAAAUAAACAUUUGUAGAAAGAGGAAUUGUUAAAAUCUGGAGGAACAGUUGUGGAAUAGAAGCUUUCAUGCUUGAGAUUUCAGUCUGCAGCAAUAGGUCAGGAUUUCUGCAGCUUUUCAGAGUGAAUUUAUGACUCCAUUGAUAAACCUUAACACUCGCUCUUUUGGGCUUACGGUUCUUGCUGCUGGUCUGUGUUUGUUGACAAGUUGAUGGUAUAAUAGGCCUUAUAAUGCUCUCUGCCUCUGAGAACUUGGUAGUUGUGCUCAAGCUCAGUAAAAUGACCUAUGACAUACAAAGUAAGGGAAACUGGAAGGUGAAAAGCUUUGUAUUUAUAAAUCUGCUUGCAGAGUCUGGUUGUUUUAAUAGGCAUGUUUCAGUAGGAAUGUGGGGUUUUUGUUGCACUGCUUUGAAAUAUAAAUAAUAGAAAACCUAGUAAAAAACCUGGUAACUUUCACCACACCGACUUAAAGGAUUCCAGAGAAAAUAGUUUAAUGCACUGAUUUUUCAGACUACAAACGGAGGAACGGAAGGAAAAACUAAGAAAACGACAGAAGGGACUAGAGCCUUGGAACUGGAUGAUGUGUGGUAAUGGCCUCUAGCAAGAACUAGAUUGAUUCACUGAGGAGAUGCCAUUAUAGAACAAAAAGUGGAAAUAAUGGUAAAAGCAGUGCUCAAACCAGUAGGUGUGUGGGAUCCUCAAGUUGCCUUUGAUUAAAUGCUAUCAUUGUGACAUUAGAAAUGGUACAGUGAAGUGUGGUGUUUGUUCCUGAAGUUGUCCCCUCUGUAGGACACUCGGUCCACGUUCAGAAUUGCUAGGGCAGUAGCACAUGAGAGACCAGCAGUUAGGUGGGUUGAGCCAAACAACGGUGGCAACUGGAAAAGGGUGAAGCAUUGUCUUGCUUAGGGUGGGAACAGGUUCUUUAGCUUCCCAGAGACGUCACCUCUCUUCCCAGUCCCUUGAGCUACAGUCCCUUGUGUUACUGCCUCCAAAAUGCCAAAUCCUGCUUUUGCUACUCUGGCCCCUUGCCAGCAAUACCUAUUUCAUCCUUCCUUCCUGCAGCCCCUCUGGAGGCGGGUAACAUUGCAGGGGUCAGUGGCAGGCUUUUGAUCUUAACUGGUUCUGCUUCACUGUCAUUUAUUUCUUCUCCCCAUCUAUUCCUUCCCUCCAGUAAUCUUUCCCCAUCUGCAAAGUUUGAACAAAAAGGAUAAAAUUAAUGAGUCACAGUAGGAAAAGUUCUGUCUGCAGAUGAAGAGACAAAAAGAAUUUUCUACUGUAGCUUCCAACAGAGGCAAGAACUUUAGAAGGAUCUUGUUUUUCAGCUGGCUUCACUCUCUGGCACAAGAGUCCAAGGCUGUAGGGUACAGUGUGGGUUUUCUCCUCUGUUUUUGUUAGGUGUCAAGCCACCAAGCUGCUGUGGAGCGUGGAGCACUAGGUACACCAGAACAAUGAAUAACUGUUUUUGUUGGUUUUGGGACGGUUAUUUGUGAAUCCUCACUGGAAAAGCUUUCUUGGUGAAGCAAAAACGGAUUUUGGAGCAAAAGCAUGAAGUAGCCUUGCUGUGUUUGUAUUGAAUUGGCAAGAACAAUUGAGUCUCUCAUGCUAGAUGUAAGAGAAGUGACAUUCCUGAGGAAGGGACCUGGAAAACUCAGUACUUUUUGAGAUUGUUAAAUGUCAGUUAAACGUGAAGUGGGAACAAAUACUUGUUACAAAACUUAGAAAAUUUAUGACCAGUACUCAGUGGCAGAUAAAAAACUGCUGGAGCCUAAGUUCAAACUGAAUAUAAACUGUGCCAAAAGGAACGAUAUGGUGGUUUGAGUGUGUUGAAACUGAGAAAUCAGUCCUCCAAGUACCAGCUCUCCCACUCUGUUAUUCUUGGAGGAUUAGGAAACAAUACUGUCAUUUGCACUAUGCACUUUUUGCUGUCUAACUGGAUUAUAAUCCACAGUAAGUAGAACGGUGUAAUUUGCAGUGCAUGUGUUAGCUGUAAUCAGUGGACCCAAGGUUUCUCUUCAGCUGGACUUUUCGCUGUUCUGCAUUUUGCCUCUUGCUGUGUAAAGAGAAUUGCACUCAGAAUUCCUAUGUACCAAAAAUGGGAUUGUCAUCUGAGAGCACGUGCAACAACAAAAACCAUGUAGUCACGCACGUGUUGUCUUUGUAGAGCUUCAUUAUAAUAUGGGGAAACGUGAACUUUAUGUAUUUUCUAGCGUCUUCUUAGUUUUCCAGUUCUUAAUUUUUUGAGGUCUCAACCUCAACAUCCCUUCCAGGAUAAGUUUAAAAAUAUUGUCCUACCACAUCCUCUCCAGAAGCACUAAGUGGUGUAGUUUUCAAAAACAGCAAUAACUGGGUAGUAAAGUCCCAUCAUGGAAACUCAGUUUUGGGGCUAAUUUUGGUUUGUUUUUUUUUUUUUUAAGGGUCACUGAAUAAAGAGAUUUGCAUUUUUAUAGAGAGAACAUUAGAUGCCACUUAAGAUCACAGUAAUGAAAAGGGUAGGUACUAGUUAAUGUAAUAAACUCCCUUUUGUGUGUAGCUCACCGCAUACUGUGCACUCAGUGUGCAGCAGAUAGAGGAGUAUCUGCUCAUCUGAACAUUACUGAAGCCCUGCUAACCCUUUUGGAGCAACUUUACUAUGAAAGCAGAAGCCUGGUAGGCGUGGUUUCCAUUUUUUCCUCCCUCUGUGACCUAAACCAAAACCAAAUUCAUCUGUAUUUCCUGCCCUUAUUGGGUAAAGAGGGCCGGGAAGGAGCGUUUGUUGUUAUAUGUCAACAGGCCAGUGCUGGCAGGUCCAGGCUCCUGCUGUUGGCUUUAUGGCAAAGUACCCUGUUGCAUCACGCUAAAGCUCGAUUCCUGGCGUAAAAGAGAUAUUUGAAAGAAUGCCUCGCUGCGUUAGCAAAUACCAGAACUUUUUAUAGUAAUGUGUCCAAAAUGCUGCUUGUAUAGGAUUUGUCACUUUUGUAAGAAAAGAAGAAAAAAAAAAAAGGCAAAAAGCCUCAUCAUCGAACCCCACCGUUUGAUGCCGUUAGAUAAGGUUUCAUUUAAACUACCUCUCAGUGUGAAAUUCAAACGUUAGGUAAGUUCAGUAGGGUUUGCUCACUGUCAUGUUGUGUAAGAGUUCUAGUGAAUGCCAAAAUUGCAAAAGGUUAUCACCAAAAAGGAAGAACUUUCAGAAUUGUUUGGGUUGUUCUUCUUUUCAUACGUUUGAAAGCAUCCAAUAGUUUCAAGUUAUUGUAAGCUCUCUUCUAUUACUUUAACUUCCGUACUUUCAGUCUUGCGAACUUCAGCUGCUGGACAGGAAAUAAAUCAUAACCACAAGCUUUCACAAUCAGUCUGCUGAGUAAAAAUGAUUUUGUGUGCAGCUUUGCUGUUUGGCCAUAGAGAGCCUCAUUCACCAACUGUACCAUUAAUUUAGUCUUUUGUUUCUCCUUCGGUACUGGAGGUGUAUGACCUCGUUGAAUGGUGUUCUGUAAUGGACGCGUGCCACAAAUUACAUCGUCUUGUUUGCCUUGUUUCUGAGUUUCAAUGAGUUUAUUGUUGCAGAUGUGAAUAUUGCUCAUGCAGCUUAAUUCCUGUAUAAUUGUAUAAAAUAUAAAUGGAAAAAAGUUCUUACCCACUAUUUAGAGGUAAUGUAUUAUAAUAGCCUUACGUUGCAGUUUCACCUACAGAGUACUGCACUUCUUUUUAAACUGGAUCAGUGUAGAUAGAUUCUUUUGCAUGAGUGUGUUUGGGUUUUGUUUCUCUUUAAUUGAAAGUUCGAUUCUCUUUAAGUUCUUCUUCCAGUGUUUGUGUUUACUACUUGUGAUCAUGUAGUUGUGCCUUACAUCGUGACAGAAUUUAGUCUGGCGUGCACUGUAAUUCCUGAACUCUGCGAUUUGGAAGGCGACGGUGGAUUUAGACGAGAAGACGACACCACACAUCAACCCCUUCUGUGUGAACUAUGAUGAAAUGUUAUUGAAAUGUCACUUUUGUUUUCUAACCUGUUAAAGGAAUGAUUAAUGACAAUAAAAACAAA